AUGGGCGAUAUGCUGUGGACCCGGUUUUUCUUCUGGUUCUUUGAAUCGAGGAACGAUCCAGCAACUGAUCCGAUCUUCCUAUGGCUUGAGGGUGGCCCAGGCGCGAGUGGAACUGCUUCAGCGGUUGGAUACAACGGUCCUUGCAUGGUAAACAAAAAAGGAACAGCGGCAUCCAACAACCCGAACUCGUGGACUAACAAGGCAAAUGGCAUCUGGUUGGAUCAACCCACCGGGGUGGGAUACAGCAAAGGAGGGCCACCUGAGGAAACGAUAGGGGAGACUGUGAAGAACAUAUACAGCUUCUUGAGGGCGUUUUUCAGUCGAUUCCCCAAGUACAAAGGCCCAUUCUAUCUGAUCGGGAUCUCAUUUGCGGGUGUUUUGCUCCCACAGAUCGCACAUGCUUUGAAACAAGGUAGCGAACCCCCAAUAAGCCUCGAGGGCAUCAUUUUCCAGAACGCAAUGAUAAAUGCCGAAGCUCAGUUCCCCUUGUAUCCCGAGAUGGCUUUUCACAGUAAAACUGCGGCGCCUGCCAUCACAAAGCAGCAGUACGAUCAAAUGAAGCGAGAGAUGCCCGGGUGCCUGAAAGAGAUACAGAACUGCAAUAGGAAGCCGAACGUCUGCAGGGUAGCCCAUGAGCAGUGUCAGGAACUAUCUCUAAAUCCGCUGGUCUCCAAUGGAGUGGACUUCUAUAAACUUACGACGAAAUGUCCUCAUCCAGAUCGGGCUGGAUGCAACAACGAGGAAGACUCCCCAAAUGUUGAUUCAUUCAUGCAGCUACCUGACGUCAAAACCUUUCUCGGAGUGAGCGAAGAAUUCGUCAUCGAUAAUGAUGAGGUUUAUAAUCAGCUUGUUCCCUUCGUUCUGCUCAAUUCGGACUCUUUUCUCCCGGGCCUACUGCAGUCUGGCGUUCGUGUGUUGACCGUUGCCGGUGACUUAGACUAUAUCUGUAACUUCAUGGGUCUGAAAACGUGGAUGCUCGACUUGGAUUGGCCCGGUAGAGAUGCCUUCCGGAGCGCCAGGGAUGUGGAGUUCAAGGUGAGACAGUCGAAAGGAAGAAUAAGCAUACACUCAGACCCGGGUCAGAUUCUGCCGGGAUUCACUUGAGGUCUAAAAAGGUUCCAUGGUCGUUUCGAUAGAUUGGAUAACACUCCUGCUUCGUUCAGGAUAGUACCGGUCGGGUUGUUGGGUUGCGACGAAGCAGCAGUAAUCACGAAUACGAGUUUGUUCAAGUUUACGGGGCGGGCCACCUCGCUGCGCGCGAUAAUCCCCGUGGAGUCAUGGAAACCAUCAAUGACUUCAUGAAUGGCUUAUAGCCACAGUUUUAUGAGGGAGAUGCUACCAGAUUCUCCAUGUCACUUCGUUGUCUUGGUCGUUCUGGGCUGAACGAGAUAUUCUUUGGGCUGUCCUUUUGAUCCUCAACUUUUCAUUAAUCACCAGUUAUAUCAUCCGAAAUGCGCAACCACAACUUCUCGACCUUUUCGCACGUGUGAAAUGUGCGUAUACUUGUAAACUUCAUGUCGACAUUCUUUUGAUCUUAUCCUUUCACGAGUAACUACUAGGGCUACUCGCAGCUCGUUUACAUAACCAUCCUAUGCUUUCUACGACUAAAAGAUGUGGUCUACAACUAACUAAGUUACUCGACGUUACUCGUUGAUGACAAUGUUGAUAUGACCAUUGGGGUAUCUGCCAUUCCAUUUACUAGUUGUGCAGGUACUAUCCCCGAAUGGUAACUGUAGAGUUAAGGAUGGUCGAUUACAGCAGACUACGCCAGCUCCAUUGUAGAGCGGCUCUCUUUUCGUUGCGCUCAUCAGAUCGAUCUCGCUAUGGCCGGAUGGCCCCUUUUAAUGACGAUUCAAGUUCUUAGGGAGAUGGUUAAGAUUAUAUACAUGAGACUAA